AUGCUUCUCUCAGAAUUGCCUCCAGAGAUCAUCUAUGCAAUUGCGACCCAUCUGCCUACUGCGAAUGAUUUUAUAUGUCUGGCGCGAACAUGUCGCCGGCUGCAUAAGGUCAUUGCUAGCGGCGACUGGAGCAUAUUCAGAGUCUUUGUAAAGAGUCGAUUCUACAACAUACCUACACCACCUUUUUGGAAGGAUGCGGCCCAGGCCCUCACUUCUCGUUCUAGAGCGUUAGACAGACAUGCAAUUAUCGGCCGAUUUGUCACUCGUCCUUUGAAUGCAGAGCAAUUAGGCGGAUCAUCUCAGGCUACUCGAGGUGACAACCCUACCCAUGGAUAUCGACCCGCUAUCGACUCGUAUGAAAUCUGGAAUGGAUCGAGCUGGCAUGACCGGCGUGAAGUGUUGGCGUGGAGCGCUGCGCAUGAAUUGGUGUUGCAGAUCCGACAGCAUGGAUCCCAGCGACUGGAAAGAUCGUUUAUCUUCAAUGAUCUAGAGCACAUCAGCAGCCAUGAUGACAUCUGCGGGCUCCAUCUCUUGCGACCCGGACACUAUGCGAAACGCCAGGAUUGGGAGCACAUGAUGCUUGGUCGAAUGCGUGGCGAACUUGUUCACCUUGCAAUUGCACCAGAGAGUCAUACUUAUGAGCUUAGACAAAAGUUCCAAACAUUCGGCCUGGAACUUGAACGGACCGAUAUGAGUGACGAUCCAGAGUCGAUACUCGCAGCACAUUUGAGUAAUGGGACAAUAGCGCUCUACAGUACAACCACAGGAGAGGCAGAGGUUCAACCAUUCGGACGUCUUCAUGUCGAUGCCGGGAGUCCUGCACGUUACAAGAGCUCCAGGUUUCUCUCCUCAGACCGCUUGGCUGUGGCGACGGGACGCCCAGAAGAUGCAAUCGCCGUCUUUACGAUCUCGCAAGGACGAUUGACGGUUGAGCACUCAUUAUCGGCCGAUUUUCUAGGCUCGCCGGCCUUAACUGGAUUCGCUAAAAGAUCAACCGUUACUGCAAUAGCGCCGCUCACUGGACAGACCGGAAAUUCCAUAGGCAAUACCUUCCUUGCAGCCUGGGGGGAUGGCGCAGUCCGACUUCAUGACCUACGCUCUCACAAGCCAUACGAAGGGCUUUACAUAGACAUAGCGGACCAGAACCCCGUAUACUGCAUCCACCCGUACGGGCACGAUCGAUUCGUCGUCGGCGCAGGGGGCGACGCAGUUGUCAAGAUAUUCGAUAUUCGAAUGCCCUCUACCUACGACUACAACCCUGCAAGACGACAAUCAUCUUCUAGCCGGCCUAAAGGUCGAACUACACUCCCCACAUCUUCGGCGCACCCAAGCAAAGACCUCUCUAUUUUCCUUUCUCUAAACCCGCCCACGACGCGCAAUGACAGCGUCUCUCGGUACGCUAGGCACCGCUACCGCGGUCCAAUAUAUACUAUGUCUUCCCCUUCUCUCUUAUCGCCAACAAUAUACACAGGUAUCGCCGGAGGGGUUGUGCGACUCGACUUCGCGUCUACAGACGACUUAACCGGUACUCAUAAAACUUGGUACCGCGACUCCAUAGACCUGGACAUAAAUUGCAACGCAAAUAUCAGAGAAAACUAUGCCAACAAUAUCAUUGAGCUGUCUGGCUAUGAGAGGCCAGAUAGUAGGGAUACAACCACCUGUUCGAAAUUGAGGUCCCAGGUGCCUUUUGGAGCUGUUGAUGAUCAGCACAUCGCGAAUGAGCUGACGACGGGCUGGGAUAGGAGGUGGAAGCCGCUGGAGGCACCUGGUGCUUGGAGACGUCGGGACUUCUAA